AUGACCGAAAUGACAGCAGCAACUCAAUACUGCAACCAAGAUGGUAAGGAAGACUUCGGCGACUUUGUGCGCAAUGAAGACGAGGAAAUGGACUUGGAAGAGGUUGCCGAGCCCUGGGACAAAUAUGAUAAAAAGAAAACUCCAGAUGUCUUCUAUCCCAUCCGCCUCGGAGACCUGAUCAAUGAGAGGUACCUGGUAGAGCAUAAGCUUGGAUCCGGCGGCUUCUCGACUGUCUGGAUGGCCAAUGACCGCCAAAAUAACAGAGACGUUGCCCUCAAGAUUAUGUUUGCGGGAGAAUCGGGUGAAAAGGAAAUCCGCCUGCAGGACGAAAUCGUUCGGAAUGUGCGUGAUGCCUCUCAUUUUGUGACGUAUCUGGAAACCUUUCUACUUCCGGGAGAUAGAUGUCACCAUACGGUUCAAGUAUUUCCCUUGAUGGGCCCAUGUCUUUACUGUCCGACCGUGAUAAAAAUGUCUAUGACUACUCGCAUGUCCGCCGCUCGGCAAUUGCUAGAGGCGUUAGAGAAUUUACACGAAGCUGGAAUUGUCCACCGUGAUUUGAAUGAGAGAAAUUGUCGGCCAUUGAAGCAAAUGAUACCGGUGGACGACCUCUGGAAGCAAGGAGAGCUCGUUGGACCUGUUAAAAUCCCCCAAAGCUUGCGCACAAAGAAAUUCUAUCUCGGUGACUUUGGUCUGGCGAAGAAAGUUAGCGACCCCGUGACUCCACGUGGCUAUCCACCAUUGCAAUAUUGCUCCCCGGACCGCCUGCAUAGAAAAGAUCCCAGUCCUGCCUGCGACAUGUGGAGUUACAUGAUCCUCUUUUCGGAACUUUACCUUGGCAACGUGCCUUUUUCUACAUUUUUCAAUGGUGGGAUUAUUGGUGGUUUCGUGAUGUCUUUAGGUCCUCUGCCCGAGGAGUGGAAGGGUCUGUAUACUCACGUAGAAGGCCGUGAUUCCUGGUAUGACCAGAACCAAACUCCCAAUCCCAAAUGGACUCUUGAGUCAAGAAUUGCAAGUCUUCGUCCUGACGCCGACUCAAUGGAGCGAAGCCAUGUGCUUUCCAUUAUGUCUCGUGUAUUCACUUACGACCCGGCGAAGCGUCUGACCGCAACCCAGCUUCUGCGAGAUCCUUCGUUCAGAGCUAUCAUGGAAAAUCAUGGUUUCUCUGACGCUAAUGUCUGCUUAUCACCCAGCAAUCCACAAAAUCCAACGGGUGCCAUCACCCCAGCCGCCACGCUGAAAGCCAUAGUUGAUGUGGCGGCCGCGCAUGAUAUCAUAGUCUUUAGCGAUGAGAUUUACCGACCUGUUUUCCAAUCUUUGCCUUCAAAGACCAGGGAAACCCCACCUCCCAUGCCGUCGUUCGGAUAUAAGAAGACUGUGGCAACGAGCUCCCUUUCAAAGUCCUACUCUUUGGCUGGCAUUCGCGUGGCUUGGUUGGCUUCUAACGACUCGUCCAUCAUCCGGCUGUGCGAGAAUGCCCGCUCUUACUGUCUUAUCACAACUGGCCAAAUUGAUGAGCACAUCGGCACCUUUGCUCUUGAAUCGUAA